AUGUCCAUGUUACCCCCGGCUGUACACAGAAGGAUCGAGGAGUGGAUGUCGAACUGUCAUUAUGAGAACCCCCGGUCUAGAGUGCUCGUUUCCCAUCCACCCAAACCAGCACCGCUGUCCCUUGCUGCUCUCCGCCAACUCGACCAAGCCAUCGAGCAGCCAGCUCCGCUCCCAGAAAAUGAGCACCGCGGAUACGAACGUCGGCCACGCCACAAGACCAAAGAGGACCGGUACGAGUACAAAGUGAGAAAGGGUCCUGGGAAGGGCGAGCGUGUCUCGAAGAGAGGGACGAAAGUCACCAACGACAACUUCCACGCUGCCAACGUGCCCUGUGACCGACUGACCUUGAACCCAAAGCAUGCCCGGGGCAUUUUCAACAAGGGAAAGGCAUCGCCGCCCAUCAGAGCUCUCCCCACCGAAACACCAGAUCUCGUCGGCUUCAGCACAUCUUGGAAUUCAUAUGCUGGGCCUCGUCGACUCCCUGACCCGGGGUUCUCUGAGAGGUGCUUUCUACGGGGAUCUGAGGCGUCCGCACCCAACGAAAAUGAUUCCGUCGAUGAAUCUAUGGAGGGGGGUGUUGGGUGCAAUUAUCCGGGCUUUCAUGCGAGGUCCGCUGCGGACCCGGUGGUGGACUAUCUUUAUAGUGAGGACUGGGGAGCUAGAGGUGGUGUGUCUUCUGGGCAGUGGCAGGAGACAGGGGCUCCGACGUAUGAGGAACUUGCGACUGGUUUUGACAAGCCGCGUCAACGGGUUGAAAGGCAGGAUGAAGCUGUAAGGGCUGCCGCAGCAACCUAUCGGCCUCCGGUGGUGUCGUCGGGCCAAGGCUGGAGGCAAGAUGAAACCCCAAAAGCUUCUGCAGCAGCCUGUCGGUCUUCUAAGCUACCGCCAAAUCCAGCUCCUGGGCUCUUCAAAUUCCAUUCCAGGACUACUGAUUCGAAGCCACGUCAGACCCAGGCAGAUAACAUGGGCGAAGAUGCAAGCUUUCAACGCCGUACUGCUCCGGAGAGAAACUCCCCUUGCUCAGAAGUCCAGCCACAGAAUUACCCUACAUACGCCAUACAAGCGCACACACAGCAGGUUGAUGAGGCAGCUCCCGGAAAGAACCUGAGUUUCCCCGAGCAAGAAGUUAGGCCUGACCGAUCUGGGUUACUGAGUCCGAACCCGGGCUGGCAGUCGAACCCUGUUUUGGAAAGAGAAUCUCACAAUUCUGUUGAAAACAGAUGCCGCGACAUGGAUCUCAGUGAUGGCGAGUGGGACUUCGCAAAAUCUGACUGCUACAGCCCCCUCUCCCAGAUCGACGCCAAAAGCGACUCUUCGAUGUCUUCAUUUUUGUUCGUGGACAACACCAGGCAACACCAGGCGAGUCAGAUGAGCCAUACAUCCCCCACUCUGAACGUCGGAACGCCGCAGCAUGAAGACCGAUACUAUUCUCUAGGUAUCGAGGAUAUACUGAGUGAAAUGCCUUAUGCUCCCAAUCCCAGUGUUGUCUCAGACACCGGUGCCUACACCGAGGAUUGUUUGAAGGAUUUGGAGGCAGCCAUAUAUGGGCAUGAGACGCUAGCGAGCCCCCAAGGAACAAUGCAGGGAGUGAUGAACCUAGCAGCCGACCAAAUGUAUCCGAAUUCUCGAGAACAUGCAUGUGGAGGGCACUCCCAGCAGGCGCAGGAACUCACAGCAGAACCCGCGCCCGCGAACUUCUCUUCGACGCCAUGGCUCGAGACGAGAGUGCGAGGCCUCUACCGGGAUAGAGCCAACACGGCUGGCUGGGACACGGAUAUUAAUGAUAGCCUUGGAGAAUUUUGGCAACCAAGGCGGCUAUACUGA